AUCUAACAUAACCACACUUAAACUUCUAAAAAAUAACAUUAAAAAAUGAUCUGCAAACGUUGAAGAUUUUUAUUGAAAUGGAUAAAAUUAAAAACGUGGAGAACGUAACAAAAAUUUCAGAAGGCAAAGCAGAAAUUCUUACAAAAGGACAAGUUUUUUACAAUCCAGUACAAGAAUUUAACCGCGAUUUAAGUAUUGCGGUAUUGAAUGCAUUUGCUGCCGAACGUGAUGUUGGAAAAAAACUUACUAUUCUUGAAGCAUUAUCAGCUACUGGAUUACGAAGUAUUCGCUAUGCGAAAGAAGUAGUUGAAGUUAAAAAAAUAAUCGCUAAUGAUAUAUCGAAUAAAGCUGUAGAAGAUAUUAAAGAAAAUAUUGUUUUAAAUUCGGUAGAAAAUAUCGUUGAAUCUAGCUGUAAUGAUGCUGUAAUGCUUAUGUAUCAACAUCGAAAACCGAAUGAAAGAUUUUCAGCCGUUGAUCUUGAUCCAUAUGGCAGUCCGACAAUAUUUUUAGAUAGUGCUGUCCAGUGUGUAGAAGACGGUGGUUUACUGCUUGUGACUGCAACUGAUAUGGCAGUAUUAGCUGGAAAUACACCAGAAACAUGUUAUUAUAAAUACGGCGCAAUAUCAUUAAGACUUCGAAGUUGUCAUGAAAUGGCAUUACGAAUAUUAUUACAAUGCAUAGAAUCGCAUGCAAAUCGUUAUGGACGAUAUAUUGUGCCAUUAUUGUCUUUGGCUGCAGAUUUUUAUAUUCGUGUUUUUGUUAAAAUUUUCACUGGACCAGCUAUUUGUAAGAAAACAACCAGCAAAUUAAGUUUCGUGUACGAGUGUGUUGGAUGUGAAACAUUUAAUUUACACCCUUUAGGUGUAUUAAAACCAUCUAAAAAUCCAAAUAUUUUAAAAAGUGUUAUUCCAGUGGGACUACCCGUUAAUGAAGAGUGUGAACACUGUGGACAUCAAUUUCGGGUUGGUGGACCAAUAUGGUCAGCUCCUAUUCACGAUGAUAUUUUUGUAUCAAAAGUAUUAUUGUCAGUGCCGCAACAUUUGGGUACUUUAAAACGUAUUUUAGGCGUUUUAAAUGUAAUACGAGAAGAAUUGAUCGACGUUCCUCUAUAUUAUACCUUAGAUAGAUUGUGCGGAAAAAUGCAUUUAGAAACACCAUCUAUGAUGAAAGUUAGAUCCGCUAUAUUAAAUGCAGGCUAUAAAGUAUCGUUUUCACAUGCAAAUCGAGUAUCAAUUAAAACUGAUGCUCCAGCUUCAUUUUUAUGGGACUUGUUAAGAAAUUGGGAAACAACACAUCCUGUAAAUAAAGCCAAAAUUGCAAAGGAAGAUCCUGCACUAAAAUUAUUAGAAAACAAAAACUCUAAUAUAAACAUUAAUUGGAAUUUACAUCCACAUGCUAAUCCAGAUUCAAGAAAAUUAAAUUUACUUAGAUAUCAAGAGAAUCCACAAGCUAAUUGGGGACCUGGAACUCGUGGGACAGCUAUGGUUGAUAUUGAUAAAUUAUCGAAAAGUAAAAGAAAUCAAGGAAAAUAUAGUAAGAAACGAAAUAGAUCAAAUGAAUCCAUAAGCAACGAAGCAGACAAACAUUUUAAACAAGCUGACGAAACAUUGAGUAAUGAAACUAGUGACGAAGCAUUGAGUAAUGUAACAAGUGAAGAAAUAUCGAAUACUGAAACGACGAAAAACCAUGAAAAUUUAUAA